GCGCGCUUGCUGGGCGUAGGUGGCGCUAGAUCCACCUGAGGAGGUUGUGGGUGACGGCACAGACGCCAUUUUGUCGGUGUUUGUCGCAGCGGCUGGAGAGGAACGACGGCGGUUUGGCGACAUUUCUCAGCCAGAAGGCCUUUUGCUUUUGCGGAGAUGCGGCAUUCCAAACGAACUCACUGUCCUGAUUGGGAUAGCAGAGAAAGCUGGGGCCAUGAAAGCUACAGUGGAAGUCACAAACGGAAGAGGAGAUCUCACAGUAGUACUCAAGAGAACAGGCAUUGUAAACCGCAUCAUCAGUUUAAAGACUCUGAUUGAUGUUCCAUUGGGGCUGUUUACCAGAUUGCUUACUAAAUUAGCCAGCUGGGGUUACUUUAAAAAACAUCACUAUUUAGAAGCACGAUGCUUGAAUGAGAGAGAUUACCGGGACCGGAGAUACAUUGAUGAAUACAGAAAUGACUACUGUGAAGGAUAUGUUCCAAGACAUUACCAUAGAGACAUUGAAAGCACUUACCGGAUCCACUGCAGUAAAUCCUCAGUCCGAAGCAGGAGAAGCAGUCCUAAAAGAAAGCGUAAUAGACACUGUGCAAGUCAUCAUUCACAUUCGAAGAGCCACCGAAGGAAAAGAUCCAGGAGUAUAGAGGAUGAUGAGGAGGGUCACCUGAUCUGUCAAAGUGGAGACGUUCUAAGAGCAAGAUAUGAAAUCGUGGACACUUUAGGUGAAGGGGCCUUUGGCAAAGUUGUAGAGUGCAUUGAUCAUGGCAUGGAUGGCUUACACGUAGCAGUGAAAAUUGUAAAAAAUGUAGGCCGAUACCGGGAGGCAGCUCGCUCUGAAAUACAAGUGUUGGAGCACUUGAACAGCACUGACCCCAACAGUGUCUUCCGAUGUGUCCAGAUGCUAGAAUGGUUUGAUCAUCAUGGUCAUGUUUGUAUUGUGUUUGAGCUGCUGGGACUUAGUACCUAUGAUUUUAUUAAAGAAAAUAGCUUUCUGCCAUUUCAAAUUGAUCACAUCAGGCAAAUGGCUUAUCAGAUCUGCCAAUCUAUAAAUUUUUUACAUCAUAAUAAAUUAACUCAUACGGAUCUAAAACCUGAAAAUAUUUUAUUUGUGAAGUCUGACUAUGUUGUCAAAUAUAAUUCUAAAAUGAAACGAGAUGAGCGCACAUUGAAAAACACAGAUAUCAAAGUUGUUGACUUUGGAAGUGCAACAUAUGAUGACGAACAUCAUAGUACUUUGGUGUCCACACGACACUACAGAGCUCCAGAGGUCAUUUUGGCUUUAGGUUGGUCUCAGCCUUGUGAUGUUUGGAGCAUAGGCUGCAUUCUUAUUGAGUAUUACCUUGGGUUCACAGUCUUUCAGACUCAUGAUAGCAAAGAGCACCUGGCAAUGAUGGAGCGGAUAUUAGGACCCAUCCCAGCACACAUGAUCCAAAAGACAAGGAAACGCAAGUAUUUUCACCAUAACCAACUAGAUUGGGAUGAACAUAGUUCAGCUGGGAGAUAUGUUAGGAGGCGUUGCAAGCCAUUAAAGGAAUUUAUGCUGUGUCAUGAUGAAGAGCAUGAGAAGCUCUUUGACCUGGUUCGAAGAAUGUUGGAGUAUGACCCAACAAAAAGGAUUACCUUGGAUGAAGCAUUGCAGCACCCUUUCUUUGACUUAUUAAAAAAGAAAUGAAUGGGAAUCAGUGGUCUUCCUAUAUACUUCUCUAGAAGCAAUUACUUUAAGACUGUGUCAGUCAACUAAACAUUCUAAUAUUUUUGUAAACAUUAAAUUAUUUUGUACAGUUAAGUGUAAAUACUGUAUGUUUUGUAUCAAUAGCAUAACUACCUUGUUAAGUAUGGUGUUGAUAAUGAAUGCAAUAUAAGAGUUAAAAUGAAUUUUCCUUUUGAUGUUUAUUGCCAUUUUUAAAGGCCUUUGGAAUAUCCUUUGUGUCCAGUGAUAAACGUGAUUGGUCUUGUCUUUUGUACAUGAAGGUUGACUAAAGUGAUUUUUUUUCCUCAAGUAAAAGGAAAUCUUGACCA